AUGGGAAAAAGCACGGGAACAAAGAUUAUUUCAAGGUCUGCUAAGGCGGGUGUACAGUUUCCAGUUGGACGUCUCCAUCGUCAUCUUCGCAAUGGUAAUUUUGCACAACGUAUCGGCAGUGGAGCACCAGUUUACAUGGCCGCCGUACUUGAAUACUUAGUUGCGGAAAUCUUGGAAUUGGCAGGAAAUGCUGCUCGUGAUAAUAAAAAACAUCGAAUCAUUCCUCGUCAUCUGCAAUUGGCAAUUCGUAACGAUGAAGAACUUAACAAAUUGCUUGGUCACGUGACUAUUGCUCAAGGUGGCGUUCUUCCUAACAUUCAUCAGGAUUUGUUACCUAAAAAGUCAGGUGCAAAAAAAGACAAAG